AUGGCGGCGGGCGCAGGCUACGUGCGCCUGUGGAGCGCGGCGCGGUGUCUGUCCCUGCGGCGGCCGCUGCUGGCCCCGGCCGGGGGGUGGGCGCGGACGGCGGCCGGGGCGUGCGUGGCCGGCGGGCGGAAGGGCCCUGCUGCCCCCGCGGCGCUGUGGGGCCGGGCCCCGGCCAGCCUGGGCCAGUGGCGGGGACUGUGGGACUCGAACCCGGGGCGCGGCGGCGGUGGCGCCUUCUCGGGCGGCGAGGACGCUGCGGAGGGCGGCGCGGAGGAAGGGGCCGGGGGCUCGGCCGGCUCGGGCGGCUCGGGCGGCGGGGAGGGCCCGGUCAUCACGGCGCUCACGCCCAUGACCAUCCCCGACGUGUUCCCGCACCUGCCGCUGGUCGCCAUCACGCGCAACCCUGUGUUUCCGCGGUUCAUCAAGAUUAUCGAGGUGAAGAACAAGAAGCUGAUAGAGCUGCUGAGGAGGAAAGUCCGCCUGGCCCAGCCCUACGUGGGCGUCUUCCUGAAGAGAGAUGACAGCAAUGAGUCAGACGUGGUGGGGAGCCUGGAUGAGAUCUACCACACGGGGACCUUCGCCCAGAUCCACGAGCUGCAGGACCUCGGGGACAAGCUGCGCAUGAUCGUCACGGGCCAUCGCAGGAUUCACAUCAGCCGGCAGCUGGAGGUGGAGCCCGAGGAGGCCGAGGCGGACCCCAAGCAGAAGACGCGCAGGAAGACGAAGCGGUCCCGGAAAGAGGCGGAGGAGGAGCCGGGCGCCCGGCUGCAGGGGGCGCCCACGGAGCCGCUGAUGGCCGGCCAGGACGAGGUGCUCAUGGUGGAGGUGGAGAACGUGGCACACGAGGACUUCCAGGUCACGGAGGAGGUCAAGGCCCUGACCGCCGAGAUCGUCAAGACCAUCCGGGACAUCAUCGCCCUGAACCCCCUGUACAGGGAGUCGGUGCUGCAGAUGAUGCAGGCCGGCCAGCGCGUGGUGGACAACCCCAUCUACCUGAGCGACAUGGGCGCCGCGCUGACCGGGGCCGAGUCCCACGAGCUACAGGACGUCCUCGAAGAGACCAAUAUCCCCAAGCGCCUGUACAAAGCUCUGUCCCUGCUCAAGAAGGAGUUCGAACUCAGCAAGCUGCAGCAGCGCCUGGGCCGGGAGGUGGAAGAGAAGAUUAAGCAGACGCACCGCAAGUACCUGCUGCAGGAGCAGCUUAAGAUCAUCAAGAAGGAGCUGGGCCUGGAGAAGGAGGACAAGGACGCCAUCGAGGAGAAGUUCCGUGAGCGCCUGGCGCAGCUGGUGGUGCCCAAGCACGUGAUGGACGUGGUGGACGAGGAGCUGAGCAAGCUGGGACUGCUGGACAACCACUCGUCCGAGUUCAAUGUCACCCGGAACUACCUGGACUGGCUGACGUCCAUGCCGUGGGGCAAGCAGAGCGAUGAGAACCUGGACCUGGCCCGGGCGCAGGCCGUGCUGGAGGAGGACCACUACGGCAUGGAGGACGUGAAGAAACGCAUCCUGGAGUUCAUCGCUGUCAGCCAGCUGCGGGGCACCACCCAGGGCAAGAUCCUCUGCUUCUAUGGCCCGCCUGGCGUGGGCAAGACCAGCAUCGCCCGCUCCAUCGCCCGUGCCCUCAACCGCGAGUACUUUCGCUUCAGUGUGGGGGGCAUGACGGACGUGGCCGAGAUCAAAGGGCACAGGCGUACCUAUGUGGGAGCCAUGCCCGGCAAGAUCAUCCAGUGUCUCAAGAAGACCAAGACGGAGAACCCCCUGAUUCUCAUUGACGAGGUGGACAAGAUCGGCCGGGGCUACCAGGGGGACCCCUCGUCCGCACUGCUGGAGCUGCUGGACCCAGAGCAGAACGCCAACUUCCUGGAUCACUACCUGGACGUGCCCGUGGACCUGUCCAAGGUGCUGUUCAUCUGCACGGCCAACAUCACGGACACCAUCCCUGAGCCGCUGCGCGACCGCAUGGAGAUGAUCAACGUGUCCGGCUACGUGGCCCAGGAGAAGCUGGCCAUCGCCGAGCGGUACCUGGUGCCUCAGGCCCGGGCCUUGUGCGGCCUGGACGAGAGCAAGGCCCGGCUGUCGUCGGACGUGCUGACGCUGCUGAUCCGGCAGUACUGCCGUGAGAGCGGGGUGCGCAACCUGCAGAAGCAGGUGGAGAAGGUGCUGCGCAAGUCGGCCUACAAGAUCGUCAGCGGCGAGGCCGAGACCGUGGAGGUGACGCCCGAGAACCUGCAGGACUUCGUGGGCAAGCCCAUCUUCACCGUGGACCGCAUGUACGACGUGACGCCGCCCGGUGUGGUCAUGGGCCUGGCCUGGACAGCCAUGGGAGGCUCAACGCUGUUUGUGGAGACCUCGCUGAGGCGGCCGCCCACGGGCACGGGGGACAAGGACAGGGACGGCAGCCUGGAGCUCACGGGCCAGCUGGGCGAGGUGAUGAAGGAAAGCGCCAGCAUCGCCUACACCUUCGCCAGGGCCUUCCUCAUGCGGCACGACCCCGCCAACCAGCGCCUGCUCACCUCCCACAUCCACCUGCACGUGCCGGAGGGUGCCACCCCCAAGGACGGCCCCAGCGCCGGCUGCACCAUCGUCACGGCCCUGCUGUCGCUGGCCAUGGAGCGGCCCGUGCGCCAGAACCUGGCCAUGACGGGCGAGGUCUCCCUCACGGGCAAGAUCCUGCCGGUGGGCGGCAUCAAGGAGAAGACCAUCGCGGCCAAGCGCGCCGGCGUGACGUGCAUCGUGCUGCCCGCCGAGAACCGCAAGGACUUCCACGACCUGGCGGCCUUCAUCACCGACGGCCUGGAGGUGCACUUCGCCGAGCAGUACAGCGACAUCUUCCACAUCGCCUUCCCCGAGCCGCAGGCAGAAGCCCUGGCCGUGGAGCGGUGACGGCCGCCUCGGCCACGCUCGGCUGCACGGACGCCUGGGCACGCUGCCGGGCGCGCUGGGGGGCUCGGCCCUGGACACCUGGAUGAUGGCUUGAUUGGAACGUGGGGCACAGGGAAUAUUUAAUAACCAUGUUGAUUAAAGACGCUUUCUAGUA